AUGGCUAAUUUUACUAGGAUCGCCGAGCUUUCUCCUCAUCGGAAUGAUUAUAUAAUAAGAGUGAAGAUUUUGAAAAAAUGGAAGGAGAUGAUAUUUGGAGGUGGAGACAUAUUGAGUUUUCUUUUAGUCGAUGAACAUGGUGAAAAAAUACCUGCUAAGGUUAGUCCGGAGAUUGGCCUCAAUGACGAUUUCGACUUCAAUCUGCACGAAGGCCACUGGAUGAUUAUCUCAGGAUUCAUCGUUGAGUUAACACCACCUCCUUCACUUUUCUCUGAGAAUAAUCAUACCAUCAUCUUCACCGAGGAUACAGAUCUGCAUGUGUCAACUGGUGUUCAUCAAGACCAUUACAUGGAGUUCAAGGACUACACAGAUAUAAAGAAUGGAGUAUACAACUCGCAUCGUCCUAUCGUGAAGGACCACAACUUUAGACUAGCUCCUGGCAAGAAGACUUCUAGAGUCAUGUUCACGAUAAAGGGCUUAGAUGGUGUAACACUGGAAUGCAAAGCUUAUGGAGUCUUGGCGGAUCAGCUAUAUGAUAAAUGGUGGUAUCAUGGUACAACAGAAACAUUCAUCACAAUGAGCGACUGGAUGGUUUACGGAGAACAAAGAACCGGUGAGCUGAAGAUUAAGGACGCAGGAGGAAUAUCUAGAUUUGAGUUCAAUGCUGAUUAUCAGGAUGUUUAUGAUUUCAGCGCUGAAUAUUUCAAUGACAGUGAUGGCUCUGUUGAGGAGGUGGUAGUAGUAUCUCCAUGA